UUAUCAUACGAACGCCAAAGUACAAAGCAAUCGUCGCUUGGUACACCAUCAGCUGAUCGCACCUAACUAUAACUGACAGUGUGCGUCAAGUUUGCUCGCUCUGACGAUCUUGGUGAGUUGAUAUGGUAUGUUUGCUACAAACGUGAAAUCAAUUUGCACAUACCCACAUAUAAACAUUCAACAUGAAUGAUUCCUUCUUGGAAGAACUAGAGCUGAUACCAAAAGACUCGAAGAAGACGACCCACCAGCAAGCAGAUCGUCAUGUAACUACCAGACAUGCCACUUCGUCUCCACUGCUUAACUUUUCGGAACAGGAUAGAAGGGACGAUACUUUGCGAGCACAUAAGGAACGUUCAAUUGAAACAAUCUCCAAUAUACCAGAUAUAAGGAUCGUAAGUACUAAAGAUCCUUCCUUGAAAGAUCCUAAGAAACCGUUUGAUCGAAAUGUUAAAAAACAUUCCGUGAGUAUAAAAACACUGGAGAAAAAUGAGAAGUCUGUAGAAAGUAAGGGAAAGCUUGUGGAUGUGAGAGUAAAAGUGGACAAUAACAAACAGCAGAACAUCAGCGGAGACCACAAAAUAAAAUUACAAGAAACAAGACACCUUAAAGUGCCUGAAAACAAAAUUGUUAACAGAGAUCGUAAUUGGCGUUCUGGAUCGCACAAGGAGAACUCUCAUUUGCUAAAUACUUCUAUUAAAGAGAAUAGAUGUUCCCCUGAUUCUUCCAAUAAUCAUUCCUCAGAUGUUUCUAGUAAGGAGAAUAGCCGUCCUUCUGAUUCUUCCAGAGAGACUGGUUUUGUUAAUUCGAAGAAAGAGAAAGAGAGAUUGCCGGAUAAAGUGAAAAGAUCGGGUUUUACAGUACAAGAACAAGACCCGGUUGGCUUACUUACAGCAAUCAAAGAAUUGAUAAGCACGUACACCAAGCAAGAAAGUACAAAGAUUUUACGUGCUAUGCAAGAAUUACACAUAAAUUCUCAAGCAACUUUGAUAAAAAAUCUGCUGAAUCAAACGAACGAUCUGAUUAAAGAAGUCAAUCCCGGUAAGGAUUCUGCUAGAAUAAGUUUUCUGAUUGAGGAGAAUGAGCAAUUGAAACAAGAAUUGAUUACUCUGCAAGUGCGAACUGAGGAUCUACAAAAUAAGUUAGAGGAGUUUGAAUCCUUGAAACAAGAAAAUGCGGCCUUGAAAUUGAAAUGUCACGAAUGAUCACAAACAUAGAAUCAUAUUAAAUAUCGGAUUAAAAAGUUAAUUACGUUUUUUUUGCAUAAAACAUUAGUAACCAUGUUCAGGAUGCCUUUUAGUUGCUUAACUUUUGUAAGAAGUGCACAUUGCAAGACUGAGCAAAAUAUUCCUCGUUUGAGAGCUGCCAAAAGAGAUUACAAUUAUAAGCAGUUAAUAUUUUUGCAUUUAGUUUUAUAUAAUGUAUUCAUGAUAAAACAACAGUAAUCAUUCGUUAUCAUUUAACUAUUAAUACAUUGUAUAAUGAAAAUAUUUACUUAUUAAAACUUGAUAUUACUAUUAUUGAAAUAACUUAUUUUUUUACUAAAAUGUCGUUAUAUGUAUAAAAGUAUAUGCCAUAAUAUACGAGCACUAGCUUAAGAAUAAAAAUUUUGAGUAUUUCUUAUAAUAAAACAUUUAACAAAAUUUAUAU